AUGACAAAACUCAACAUCAAGAUCGCUAUGACAUUUGCUGCUAUAGUUAUGGUGUAUGCAUCUAUGCCCGUCUUUGCAAUUGAAGAAGAGGGACCGAAGCAACUCUGGGAUGAUUGCCUCACCAAGAUGUCUCCAAAGUGUACAUUAGAUAUAGUCGAAGAGAUUUUCUGGAAUGGAAUCGUAUCCGAUGCUUGCUGCCGCGAGCUUGUCCUAGAGGGAAAGCUUUGUCAUGACACUCUAAUCAAAUACAUGGCAGAUAGACCAAGUUUUAUUGCCCGUGAGCCCGAGUAUCUUGCGAAGAAAGAUGCUUUGUGGACUCGAUGUGCGUCGGUUAAAGCUUAA